CCAGGCUCUCAGCUUUUUUUAGCUCACAAAAGCAAGGGAGUCCUUUGAAAGGUCCCCGGCUUACCCAAUCAUCGCUCUUUCCCUUGCAUUGUACGGCAUUAUCAUUCUCUGACAGUGUAAAUCCUCACAUAUGCCUGCCUCCCUCUCCCCUUCAGUCACUGUCUCCCUCCCCCUGCCGAGCCCGCUGCCAUCGGAUCGGGGAUGAUAUGUGAUCUCCUGGAGACGAGCACACACACACACGAGUACCAGGCACCGCUGCUCAGCUAGGCAAAAUGUCCUUCUCUUAGAAGUGGUGCUCAUCACAGCUUUCAAAUCCUUGACGAUGUUGCCAUGCUUUCCUUUCUGCCUUCUGCCUUUUUCUGUCUUUGUCUGCCUGCUCUUCUUACCCGGGGGUCAUUUUUGUCCUGCUGUCUGUAGCUGUAUGGACUACCACACCAUAGACUGCCGGGACCAAGGACUCCCAAGUGUUCCUAAUCCAUUUCCAUUGGAUGUACGGAAACUUCUUAUAGCCGAUAACAACAUUCAGGCGAUACCAGCUGACUUCUUUAUAUUUUAUGGAGAUCUGGUCUAUUUGGAUUUCAGGAAUAACUCCCUCACCUCUUUAGAAGAGGGCACUUUUAGCAGCUCUACCAAGCUGGUGUAUUUAGACUUAAGCUACAAUAAUUUAACACAGCUUGAUGCUGGGAUAUUCAAGUCAGCAGAAAAACUGAUAAAACUGAGCCUUGGAAACAAUAACCUGGUGGAUGUGGAUGAGGCUGCUUUUGAGAACCUGGAACAGCUCCAAGUGUUAGAACUGAAUGACAACAACUUGCAAAGCCUCAACGUGGCAGCCCUGGAAGCGCUGCCCUCCCUGCGGACUAUACGCUUAGAGGGCAACCCUUGGGUGUGUGACUGUGACUUUGCCAACCUUUUCAGCUGGAUACAGGACAAUGCAUCCAAGCUCCAGAAAGGUCUCCAUGAAAUCCAGUGUUCCCUGCCUGUAGAAAAUAGAAGAAUCUUUCUGAAUGAAUUAUCUGAGGUCAGCUUUAGUGAAUGCAAAUUUAGUUUGUCAUUGACGGACCUUUUUAUCAUCAUCUUCUCUGGAGUCGCAGUCUCCAUUGCUGCAAUUCUAUCAAGCUUCUUCCUAGCAACUAUAGUACACUGCUUCCAAAGAUGUGCUCCCAGUAAAGAUGACGAUGAUGAUGAAGACGACAGUGAGGACUGAACUUAGUCUAUAUGCUUAAAUCUCCUUGGUGUGUAAGUUACUAGAUCAUCAGCCAAUGUCUAGGAAGAAAACUAGACUAAAAGCUUGAAGUGUAAAUUAGAUGAAGUCCAUGUUUAAGGUUGCAUUCUGAUUUUGUGAAGGUCAAAGGAAGGAACUGCCGUUUGCAUCUGAGGCUGUUAGCUUUACUUGCAUAUGUAUCCUGAUGCAAUGAGAUCGGUUUAAUUUCUAUGAACCUUAAUCAAACAGUGCAUUUCAAUUUGAAGGCUGGAAGAAAAGGGAAGAAAGGGGGAAAAAAAUAGUGUUUUAAAAAGACUAACAGCUUCCACAUUGUCCAUCCGGUCUGAGGCAGAUUCCUGCAAGCACUUAAUAGCUUGUUUUAACUGCACUUUGAAAAGAACUGACCAAAUGGGGGCAUUGCAGCUGGAAAUAUGGAAGCAAAUUAAAACUGUCUUUCCUAGAGCUAAGCAGUGGGAGAUUCUAAUAAGCUCACACAAUUUUCCAAGUAACAAAAUGCAAUUAAAAUGAUUCCUAGAACUGUAGAAAGCAUAGGAAGGUUGGCAUUUUCUCUCUAUAAUUGUUCUUUCUAAACAGUCAUUCUUCUUUUAAUGACACAGUGCAGGCGUCAUUGAGCCAAAAACUUCUUCACUAUAGGUGAAAUAUGGUUCUAGAUCUGAGUUAUCCAAUGCAGCUGCCUGGCACCUCUUUGAUUAUGGCACCAAUACUAACUACGAGAUUCUUUUGCAGUUUUAGACACAUUGAAGUAAAGGAAUUCCCAUCCCUGUAAUGCUAGGCCCAAGGAAGUGUUGCAGUAUUCAGUCUGUUUAGUUAUUUUAAAGCACUAAGGGCUAUAUUCUGCUCCUGAUUAUACUAGAGUAACACAACUGAAGUGAACACCGUGAUCCAAACUGGCAACUGUAUAAACAAGAGUGGAAUCUGGCCCAGGAUAUUUCUGACUAUUAUAGAUUUGUCAAAACUUGAGCUCUUCUAUAUAACAGUAGAUAUUUUUGUUAAAAUGAAAAGAGACAUUUAUUACAAGUGAUUUUUGGAAUAGUGCCGGACAGCUUUUUAGGAUAAGUAUAUUUUUAAAAUAUUUGUAAUGGAAAUAUUUUUUUAAAGCUCUGCGUAUUUGAAGUAUUAUCUAGAAGAGCCGUGAGGGCUUACUUACACUAGGAAAUAACAUAGUGAUAACAACCUACGGACUGUAUGCUAUUAUAAAAAAAUAGAACUGAUAAAAAGUAGCAUCUAUUUAACUACUGUAAAUGCUAUCAUUUCUUAAAAAACAUUCUGGUUAUAAUAUUGCCUUGCUCAGUUAACAUGAAUGGACUUCAUGGACAGUUGGUUCCAAAUCUCUUGUAUCUGUCACGCUGGUUGUUCAGGCAGACCGGAGGGAAUACACUGUGUGCUGAGGGGCACUGUGGUCCAGUAGGUGGGGUACGGGAUUAGGACUCAGGACACCUGGGUAUUGUCCCUGUCUAACAGCGACCAGCUCGAAGACUUCAGCAGAUCGCUUUUUCUGUCUGUGCCUCCAUUUUCCCACCUAUGAAAUGAAGAUCAUAAUAAUUAUUUAUCUUUCUUUUUUUUUUUUAAGUGCUUUGAGAUACACAAGGGGGAGGGAGGCACUGUACGGGGGCUCUGUGUAAUGGUUAUGUAUGUAAGGCUGAUGCAGAAGUUACAAGACAGAUCUCAUGGGAUCUCACAUCAGCACGACUUAGCCGUGGAGUCAUGACACCAAUGGAGUUACCCCACUGGCCAACACAACCGGAACGGAGUUUGCACCAUGCUGAGGUUAAAACCAGCACAAGAGUGUUUACUUCUGUUAGCUCUACAGCUUAUUCAAUGUCACUUAAUGCUACCAUUGUUAGGAUUAUUAUUUCUAAAAACACACUGGAACAGAAUUAAGUGGGACAGCAAGAGGAUAUUCUGUAUCAAUACUGUCUUAUGUUAUUCUUUCAAGAGAAAUGAAAUGACAUGACUUUCACUGUGUAGUGCCAUGUUUAAAAAUAACACAAUUAUAUUUAUAAUUUCAU